AUGUCCAAUGUGCGUAUCAACCUCUACAAAAUGCAAGCUUUCUCACUAUCUGGUAGUCCUCUCCCCGAUUGGUCUUCCACCCUCCGUAGUCAUAACAUUACUGAUUGGCAUGACCGCACCUCGCCUGCACCUCUCCAUUACCUUGGCUUCCGAUUGAGGACAGCUGCAAUCUUCACUCAUCUCGCUGUCUCUCCUUUUGGGAAGAUCAGGUCCAUCAUGGGUAGCUUCCUUCAACAUGGCACCUUCCCCCCGAUUUCUUUGGAUACUUUCUGCCUCCCACGCAUGCAAGGUGGACUUGGUAUCAUCGAUCCUAAGACACAGCAGAGCGCUCUACAACUUCGUUGGCUUCAACCUAUUGUCCGCGCUCCUCGGUCCCCACCUGGUUUGGUCCCGCGCUGGAUGUCCGGAUUGUUACAGGCUUCACUUCCAUCUCUUUCUCCCCUAUUUCCCCUUCUAUUUCCAAGUAUGCGUCCUUCUGGAUGGCAGGAUCUUACCUCUCCUCUACAUUUAGCCUUCGCUGCCAUUGACCAUCUGCCACACAACUUUGAUAAUGUUGUGGUAAAUUCGACUACUUGCCUUGCUUUGCCUCUCUCAGUGGUCACCAUUGUCCCUGCUUCCCAAGCACGCUUCCCCCCAUCUUGGCAAGAUCUUUUGGUUUCCCACCUCUACACCUUUGACCCUGCCCUGGCGUUGCUACGGUCUAUCUCCAUCACCAGCAGCCACCCACGCUCUUGUGUUAUUAAUAAGUUCCUUGGCCGAGUUCAACUCAACACUCUCACAUUACAUUCGAUAAUCGUUCGUGCUUGUUGCUCUCCUCGUGAACUGACUGAACAAUAUCCGUCUCUGCUCGUUCAAGAUGGCACAUCAAUUGACUUGUUCCCUUUCUUUAAUGCGCUCGUACCUUCUCAGACUUGGGCACGCCUUUCCACACGCACUUUCUGCGGGCUGUGCUCCCACCAUCUCGUCCGUGCCCGCUAUUUCGAUCCCCCUUGUGGCUCUCGUCAUUGGCAGAAAUUUUGGUCUUUCCCCCUUCCCCUGGUGGCUCAUAACAUUUGGUUUCGUGGUCUACACGACAAGAUUUCUUGCCAAGCCCGUCUUCACUCUUUGCUUCCUCUCGCCUUUCCCUCUCCUACCUGCUCUAUUUGCUCUCUCUCCUCCGACUCCCAAGACCACUUCUUCUUCACUUGUCCUCUCAAAAACGCGGUGUGGAUCGGCAUGUGGCUGGAAUUCUUUGGCACAAUACCUACCCCAACCGCACUACACAACGCUUUUCACUUCUUCUCUUUUCCCUCUUCCUUAAACUCUUCUAUUCCCCCUUCUACCGUCUUUGGAUGCACCCUCCUUGCGAUAUGGCGUCACCACUGGACUUUCAUUUUUGACGAUUCACCAUUUGUUCCGUCUGCUGUUGUUGGUAUGGCUCGCAAGACCCUAACCCGCAUUUGCCAAGAAUUAGACCUCAAUCCUCUCUUUUAA